AUGAAACUGCUCAAGUACCCGAGGACUUUAAAUGGUGGAAAGGUGAGCGGCAGCUGCUUGGUAGGCGAUCAUUUGCUGGUAGCUGGUUUAAGCUCGAUUGUGUGCUUUUCCAGUGAGCAAUUGAGCGCUUGUGCGCGCGGAACGCAAGCUGUUAAAGAUGUGCAACAAAUGUUUGAAAUCCCGGGUUUGACGGGCGAAAAAGACCAAAUUUACGAUGUGUUUGCAACCGAAACGCAUUUUUUUGUAGUUACCAGCCGUGCAGUGCUGUGGGGCGAUCAUUGGCGCGAGAAAAAGGCGAGCACUGAGUUGAAAGAGUUUUGGGCCAUCUCAGAAACGUCUGCUUGCAUCACAGACGUGAAAUUCGACCCUAUAAACGGUGUGGUGUUUGUGCUCGUCAACAAAUCGGCUACGGAAAAUAUGGUGGUGCUAUGUGAUGCGCAAACAGCGCUCCCAGCCGGGGAAAUCGAGCUGGGUGUGUCCAAGCCGUUGACAGGCGUGGUGGACCCGAAGGCGCAGAUCUUCACCGUGAUCUGUGCAGACCGCAACGUUGCAGUGUAUCAGUACACCCGUGUGAGCAGCCAAAAGAUCCUGCACAAACCCCUACACAAGCUCAACCAUUACGUACAAGUGGACCCGCUGCGCUACCGGAUCAACAUGUCGCCACAGGCAGACAAACUACCUAUUCUAAACUCCAUGAGUGGCUCGUCCACGCCAGCGGUUCUGCUGCUGGACCGCAAACACAACUUCAAAGUAAGCACGUCUCUGGUCGGCCAUUUUGACAAGUGUCAAGUCCUCAAGUAUUCGCCCCGAAUCUACCGUAAAACACUCAAAUCAGGCGCUAAGACCACGUAUAAUCUGGCCGCUACAGCAGGCUUCGACACGGGUUCCGUGGUCGUCUGGAACACGAAACGACUCAAGCCCUUGCUGAACACCAAAUGCUGCCCUGACUCCUACAUUACCGACCUCCAGUGGACUGCAGACGGACUAUCCCUGUUUGCAUUCACUAACAGUGGCCAAAUGAUAAUUUUUGCAUUCCGUCCCGAAGAACUGGGCGAGAUUUUGCCAGAAACUGAAGUAGAAGCAGGCAAGAAAUCUAUUGCUGAUCUGGAUCCUCUAUCGCCCACCGAGUCCUUGGAUUCUCGUAGCGCGUUAAAACCUCAGAUUGUGCAAGCUGGUUCUGGCGGUGUUGUCACGAAAUCUUCUGGCAGAAAGAAGGUUGCGCCAACAACAAUUCACAGUACAUCAAUGGAGCUCAACACACCGUCUUAUAGCGUUCCUCGAGAUCUCAAGCGAAGGCCUAAAGAAGCAUCUUUGCCUGCGACGAACAAAAGACAGAAACACGACUUAGAACCCAUGGACUUUCUUGACACCACACUUGUCAUGCCAGGAAUUUCAUUUUCUAAGAUGAGAUUGGCUACACCAAAGGUCCGUCUGUCUUUCAUGUACAAAUCCACCGAAAUUGAUACUCUGGCGAUGUACGUAAAAAAUGGGUCGGGCAACGAGCAAACUCCGAGUGUGCUGUCCCUCAAGCAGAAGGAACUGGGCCAGGAGAAAACAGUCUUCGAAGACUUCCUUCCAAAACUGAUUACAAUCUGCACCGCAGGUAGUAAUUUUUGGAGCUGUUGCACAGAAGACGGGACCAUCUAUGCUUAUUCCGAUACGGGUAAAAAACUCGUACCUCCUCUGAUAAUGGGAGUGCCCUGCAGUUUUUUGGAGGCCUGCGGCCGAUUUCUGCUUUGCAUCACUUCAACCGGCCAACUGUUUUGCUGGAACAUUAACACUGCCAAACUCCACUUCCCGCCUAAUUCGAUAUACCCACUCCUCAAUCCGACUCUGAGAUAUUCCGACGAUGUCCUAACGAGAGCUGAGAACAUAACAAUGUGCACACUAACGACUAGUGGUGUUCCAAUUGUUACUCUCAGCAACGGUGAUAGCUACAUGUUUGACAAAGAAAUGGAAAGCUGGAUGUUAAUUAACGAUUCCUGGUGGGCCUACGGAUCACAAUACUGGGAUACGACGCAAACAACAGCCAAUGGAACAUACGUUGGUGAAAACGGCGAGAAGCUAGAGAAAAAGAGCCACUCUUGGAAUUCCGAGGCACAAGGAAUGACGGACAUUGUGAAAGACAACAAGUCAAGUAUUCUCAACUACCUGGAAAAAAGAACUAACGACGAGCUCAAUCGCAAGGGAAGAGCGCGCAAUCUACAAAAAUUUGCCAAGUUAAUUCUGAUGAAGGAAGGUUACGAAAACUUGGAGGAAGUUGUAACUUUAUCCCACUUAGAAAAUAAACUUCUGAUAUCGCUGCGAUUGGGCGAAAAUGAAGAAUUCGUCAAACUAAUAAUUAUUUACUGUAUUCGAUUGAGUGAAAUGGGCUACAGAGGUCGUCUGGAGGAUGUGCUUCAGUGGCUUUAUAAUGAUGGGAAAUAUAAGAAGUUGACUGUCGCAGAUUUGAGCGCUGAAGAGCUGUUGAGAAAAAUCUUAGUCGCUUGCGCCGAUAUUAGGCACGUACAAAGAGUCACCACCAGUUAUGCGACUGCAAUUGGAUUGAUAGAAGAUGGUCUCUAG